AUGGCACAUCCCUAUCCCCCAUCAAAUCGCACCCCAGGCCUCCCGCACCCUGGUCCACCGAUCAGUACUCGAGAGCAGUACGGUCCUGCCACGCCAGGGUUUAGGAGGCCAUCCGAGCAUUCUGUUCGGUCGCCCUCCUUUGCCACGCAGCCAAGAGGAAGACAUCCACUGUCGCCGACAACAAGCCCCAACGCGGGCUUCUCGGCUCCAAGCAUGGGCUCCAACGGGUACGGCGGUAGGCCAGCCCAGAAUAACAUUCCUCCCUUGCAACCAGUUCAUAUGCUAGGAAGCCUUCAAUACAACGAUGGCGCAGGAACACCUGUCAAGGUGGAUAUCUCAGGUGUCAUUGACAAGGGCUUCUUUUUAUCGGAGAACGAGUGGACGUGUUAUCGCCGGAACUACUUCUCUUGCGUCUGCUCCUUUUCUCUGAGCCCUCACAUUCCCAACGUCACUAUCCAGUACACUGCUAGUGGCUCAUCACAACCCGUUCCGAUCUUUGGAUUCGCCAUGUCUAUCUCCGCAGUUGUCUCCGACAAUGAGCAGCACAACAUCGAGCUGGUACAGCAUACGCCAAAGAGAGACAAGGGGCCUAUAAUGAAGCCUGAAAAAAUUCGGCUCAGCAACAAGCCCCCACAGGCAAGCCACCACCACCAUAUGGGCAUGUUCUCGGAGCCAGUCGUACCCAAUCGUCCUGUUUACCCCGACAAUUUCAGCAAUCAGCCUGGCAGCCAACAGUUACCCACAGAGCACACGUUUGAGCGAAUUCAGUUCAAGCAAGCUACCCAGAACAACGGGAAACGCAGAGCCGCUCAGCAAUACUACCAACUGGUUGUCGAGCUCUGGGGCGAGGUAGCUAAUCAGAGCAGUGGUGACCAAUACGUCAAGAUAGCCACACGCAAGUCGGCCAAGAUGAUCGUCCGAGGCCGCUCGCCGGGCCACUAUCAAAACGACAGACGCGGGAGCCAAAGCAGCGGACCUGGAGGAUCAUCGGGCAAUAUGGGAGGUUACACCGUCAGCGGCAUGGCCGACUUCAACAAUCCCAUGAUGGGUGGUCCAAGCUACGCGACAGGUGGUUUCGACGCCCGCAGCAGCCUCUAUGGGGUUCGUCAUCACGAUAUACCGCACGAGUCGAUGAUUCCUCAGGAGGAUUCCAAGGCCGUCGUCACGACCCGAGAGUACCAGUACUACCCGGCCCCAAUGUACGAGGCGCAGAGCGACCGGAUCGAGCUAUUCAACCCCCGUGGGGAGCGCGAUCACAACGUUGUGCCGCACAUGGCCACCGGGAUGGACAUGAGUGGCAAGAUCAAGCAUGACUACGACGGUGCCGCUCUGCCCAGCAUCUUCCACCCGCCAGCUCAGAUUAAUGAUCGUCCGCCGGGACCCUUCGAGGGCAAGUCGACCUCGAGCGGGUACUAUCCCAUCCCGUCGUCCGGCAUCAACAUGACCAUGACAUCAUGA